GGACUUGUGUUUUGUCUGCGGCCAUAGUUGUAAGCUGACACGUCUGAGCUCUCAAUCCCUGCCUUCUGUCCUCAGAGAGGGUGUGUUUAUUAGCCUGGAUACCAUGGGAGGUAAAAAUACUUCCUUAGCUCUGCCCUUAAGUCACUUUCUUCCCAUGGAUAAAGGUUCUCGGUGCUGCCUCACUACUUUUUGGAACUGGAAACCACUAUAAAGUGCCCUUAUAUCUGAUUUCCUUAACCAUGGAGAACGAGGAAAUCCCUGAAUUCCUGAGCCCCAAAGAGGAGAUUGUCUAUUGGCGGGAGCUUGCAAAGAGACUGAAACAGAGUUACCAAGAGGCUCGUGACGAACUGAUAGAGUUUCAGGAGGGGAGCCGAGAGCUGGAGGCUGAGCUGGAAACACAACUGAUUCAAGCGGAGCAGAGAAACAGGGAUUUGUUGGGUGAUAACCAAAGGCUAAAGUGCGAGGUGGAUUCACUAAAGGAGAAGCUAGAGCACCAGUAUGCACAAAGUUACAAACAGGUCUCACUGCUGGAGGAUGAGUUGGUCCGUGCCCGCAGCAUUAAGGAUCAGUUGCACAAGUACGUCAGAGAGUUGGAACAGGCCAAUGACGACUUGGAAAGAGCCAAACGGGCGACCAUCGUAUCUUUGGAAGACUUUGAACAAAGGCUGAAUCAGGCAAUAGAAAGAAACGCUUUCUUGGAGAGUGAGCUGGAUGAAAAGGAGUCUUUGUUGGUCUCGGUACAGAGACUGAAAGAUGAGGCGCGAGACUUAAGGCAAGAAUUAGCAGUACGUGAGAGGCAGACAGACGGUAUAAGGAAAUCGGCCCCCAGUUCACCCACUCUGGACUGUGAGAAAACAGACUCUUCAGUCCAGGCUUCUCUCUCUCUCCCAGCAACCCCUGUGGGCAAAAUAUCUGAAAACAGCUUCACUUCACCCAAAGGUAUACCAAAUGGUUUCGGAACAACUCCACUUACACCUUCCGCCAGAAUAUCAGCACUUAACAUUGUAGGGGACCUGUUGAGGAAAGUCGGGGCCUUGGAAUCUAAGCUAGCGGCAUGUAGAAACUUUGCAAAGGACCAAGCCUCUCGAAAAUCCUACACACCAGCCAACUUGAACAGCAGUAGCAGCAGUGUACUAAACAGCAGUGGGGUCAAAUACUCUCACGCGGGGCACACGUCAUUCUUCGACAAGGGGCAGGAGAAGGUCAUUUUCCCCACGUUGUUUAUGGUUGAUUGUUACAGACAAGAGGCCAUGAGAUCUCUGCAGCAGAGCUUAGGACUCUAUCCAGCGCCUUUCACUUAUCCACUAGCCCACCCUGGCCUAAAGGGAACUCAGAGAAAGCUUUAGCACAGGGGCAGUAAAUGGGUACGACCCCCCAGGAGUUCUAGGAUCCCGGCCUCCGUCCCCCCCAGGCUUGCUUCCGCUUAGUGUAUGAGACAGAGACCUUCAUUUUUUUUCCAGCGAUAGAACAAAACUUACUACGGUUUCAACCACUUUGCUGCCUCCCCGGCAGACAAGGGGCUAAACACUAUCUCAUUGAGCUGAAUGUGGGACUGCUCUGCAUCAUCUCUUCUGCUGCCUCUCUCUGAUGCUUUAUAAGGACUCGUCCUACAAUUCUACCCGUGUAUUGGGGUUGGUUCAUAGACAACAAAACCUCGGGCGCUACUAUGGUGACAUGGCCGAGCCUCAUUUAAUACAUGCACCAGUAUGGAAUCUCCCCCGCCAUGUCUUGCCCGAACCCGCCUGGGAAUAACCUGACGCAGCAGGUGAAGAAAAGAGAAGGAAGGGCCUUUCCUCAUCUGCCAAGUACCACUUUUUGGGGGUUCUGGCCACCCCAGAUCAGAAUCAUCCAUGUACGUUACAGGGUUACAGCUGACUUCAUGUCGGCGUUUGUUCAUGGUUAAACAGUGUUGUUGGAAUAUAUUUUGCUGUGUUACAAAUAGGGCUUUAGACUACAAAUUGUGGUCUUUCCAGCUCUAUCAAUAUAUAUAUAUAUAUAUAUAUAUAUAUAUAUAUAUAUAUAUAUAUAUAUAUAUAUAUUUGUGUAUCUUUUUGCCCCCCCACUCACAAAUACACACAGAUUCCACCCAGAUUAGCAAAACCAUGUCCUGUGUUGGUACCAGUUUGAUACUGUAUAAUCCCACUCCAUUUCCAGCCCUACACCUCAAUCCCUUGCUCUAAGUGUUCAUUGGAUCCUUCCUGCACAUUAUUUUUAAAGCACACUUAAUUUUAACCCUCUAGUUAGCUUAUAUAUAUAUGUAUGUAUGUAUGUACAGAUGUUUCUUUCCCCACCCUUCCGCCCUUGAAUCUCAAUGUUGAAAUUGUGAUAUGACGGUUUACAUUUUCCCCCUUUUUUGUUUUUAUUGUACAUAGAUUUGUAAACAUAAUAUUUUUGGCCUAAGAUAUUUGUACAUAACUUGGGCGCUGUAGCUAUAUUUAUUGAGAAUUCUAUAGGGCAUGUUUAAAGGAGGGCGAUGCAUAGUUCCUCUGUUGCUGCCAACCUUCACAAAAGGAGAAACAAAAUGGACUCGGCAUCAUGGUUUGCAAUGGCUGUCUGAAACGGUGAAUAUUUUUAAAAAGAAUAAAAAUCUUCAACGUGUAA